AUAAAGCGUUGAAAGUGGAAGUAGGACAGUUGGCGUGGCUAAUUUGUUUAUCAACAAAAUAAAAAUGCCUCUGAAACAUAUUCCAAAAGUGUUGUCACCAGAUUUGCUUCAUGUUCUGAGUUCUAUGGGUCAUGGAGAUGAAAUAGUUUUGGCUGAUGCUCACUUCCCAACAUCGUCGGUUUGUCGCAGUGGACCCAAAGAAGUUCGUGCUGAUGGACUGGACAUUCCCACAUUACUUAAAGGAAUCAUGAAACUUCUGCCUCUUGAUGCAUAUGUUCCUGCUCCUGUUGCCGUCAUGGAGCUGGUGGAUUCGGACAAAGCCAAGAAUAUGCCAACCCCAAUCUGGCAUACAUACCAGCAGAUUGUUGAUGCUGCAGAAGGGAAGAAUAGAGACUGCACAAUAUGGCAAUAUCAUUCUGAAGAAGGGAAUCAUCGUGCCAUCAGAUUAAACACCACUGACUGUUCCAGUCUGUAUUGUUUGAGAAAGUGUACAGGAAAGAUCGCUUGCUGCUACUUAGUACUAGUAGUGUUAUGUGGUGGCUGUAGAUUUCCUCCCUCCCUAAAUUCCACCCCACCUCUUAUCGCACCCUUCGUCCAGUUCUCUUAUCAAAAUAACCAUACAUGUAUAUUAAGCACCAAGUAGCUGUAGUUUCAAAUGUGCUGAGAUAUAUUAUUAAACAAACAUUCCAAUCUAUUAAAAAGAGUGCAAUAUUUAAGUAAUAAGUCUAAUAACAAAUAUGAAUUAAUAUGUUAAACAACUUUGUUCUCAAAUACAAGGAAUGAAUUCAUGCUUCAAUUUAUUAUUGUACUUUGAUCAGUGGUUAUUACAAAUCUAUACACUAUUUGUGUUAAGUAAAUGUUUUAAUAUUUUUGUGUAUUUACAUCUUACAAUUUUAAAAUUAAAAUUAUGUUUACAUAUACUAAAACGAUAUUAUACAAUGUAUAGUAUAUUUAUGUAUUUUUUCAUGUUAUUCUUUAUUAUCGAGAUGUAAACUGUUGGUGAAUAACGACGCAUUUUGAAAUAUUAAACAUUUUGAAAGUU